UAUUACCUUAAAGAUUUAAGAGGAAGUUAUACAUAUAUGGGAAGUCUCAAGUUAUUAUGGGUUUGUUUGGUGUUGCUAAUUCUAGUACUCAAAUUUACCUCGGUGCACCACUGUCGACGUUUGGUUGCGGAAGAGAGUAUUUCUGGUCCAAUCCGUUUGGAACAGAUUAGACGAGAGCUUUUUGAGAGGUUGAAAGAGCUGAAGGUGAGAUCAGAAGGCGAAGAGAUGAUCCUUGGAAAUACUCUUGACUCGAAGCGUCUCAGUCCUGGCGGUCCUGACCCGAGGCAUCACUGACCUAGAAGAAUGUAAAAAUAUGUAAUGCCAUUUUUGAGAGAAAGGUUCAAUAUGAUUAAAACCUUUUAA